AUGAUAGAUAUCAAAAGAGAAAUAUCGGAUGACGAUGAAGAUGACAAUUACCAAGCGCUGAGGAACGAUAAUUCGCUUAAAAGAGUCAAACUAUUCACAGAAAAUGAGAGGUAUUUGGAUACAAUUGACAAAAAGAAAUUGGAUUUUGAUUUAGAGAAGAUAUGCGCAGUUACGUUAUCUAAUAUUAAUGUGUAUUCAUGCUUGGUAUGUGGGAAAUAUCUGCAGGGUCGAGAUGAGGGAUCUCCAGCUUUUGCUCACUCUAUGGAAGAAAAUCAUCGAGUAUUCAUUAACAUACAAAGUCUUAAAACGUAUGUUCUGCCAGAUGACUACCAAGUGAUAAAUUCUCAGUCACUUGAAUGUAUCAAGUAUUGUUUCAGACCGACAUUCGAAGAUUCUGCUGUAUCUGAAUUUCCGGUACCUUGUUUUGAUUUAUACAACAACAAAUACCUCAAUGGGUUUGUUGGAUUGAAUAAUAUAUCUUCCAAUGAUUAUUCUAAUGUCAUAAUAUUAUUACUAUCUCAUAUUAAACCGGUACGUGACUACUUGCUUCUAAACGAUAAUUUAUUGAAGAAGGAUGAUGUCUUUCUACAGAAGUUUACCCUUCUUAUUAGAAAGAUAUGGUCACCUAAACUACCCAAAAAGCAUGUAUCUCCUCAUGAAUUUUUACAACAUGUGUCUAGCAUUUCUGAUAAAGCAUUUUCACUAGAUAGAAGAGGUGAUCCCAGGAGUUUUCUUUUGUUCAUUGUGAAUAAGAUCAUGAAGUCAUCUAAUCGAGGAUUGAGAAAACUAUUCACAAAACAAUUACAAGGAGAAGUUAGUAUAUAUACUACUAAAAUAGAACCUGUGAUGGAGGAAGGUAAUAACAUUAAGUUUGUGAGAAAUGAGGAAAAUGUGUCAUCGAAUACUGUCAAAUUUUGGAUUUUAAGUUUAGAUCUUCCUCCGAAGCCUUUAUUUAAGGAUGGAAAAUCUGUGGCUAGUCUUACGCAAAUAAAAUUAGAGCAACUGUUAAAGAAAUAUAAUGGGAAGGUAGAACAGCAUACCAAGGAUAGUAUUAAGUUCAGCAAGAUUGUGAGCUACCCCCCUUAUUUAUUACUCCAUGUAAAACGAUUUGAUUCAUCAAAUCACUCAAUUAAGGAUAGAAAUCAAGCCGUUGUUGAAUUCCAAUCUAAUAUGGACAUAGGGAAAUUCAGAUAUCGUUUAGUUGCAAAUUUGAUUUAUGAACCUGAUUUAAAAUACUCAUCAGAUGUUCAGUCAUCAAUAUUAGACGAACAGUGCCAUUGGAAGAUACAUAUUAGGAACGAGAAAAAUGAUGAGUGGUUUGAAUUUGAUGGCGUUUCUGUGAGACCGAAGAAGAAAGAACUUCUUUUUCUCAGUGAGUCUUAUAUGCAAGUCUGGGAAAGAGUAUCGGCCCUUGAAUGA